ACACCACCACACAUAAGCUUUCUUCUGUAAUCUCAAACUCUUUUAUGGGCUAAUUAUUACAUUUUCACUAUAUACGUCUACGAGAACGAGAUCAAGCACUUGCUAAUUAUUUUGUUGAAGUUCUUGAAUGGUUUUCCUUCAGUGUGUCACAUUUUUGGAUUUAGCUGAAUUGUUUUGAUCAUAAGGAGAAAACUUUCUCUUCCUUGUUUUUUUUUUUGGUCUAAAUUUUCUCUGUUUUUUUUUUAUCCAAUGGCUACGGUCACUGAGAUGCCCACUGAUGUUGUUGUUGUCGACGAUGUUAAGGAAGUUAGUACCAAAAGCGAAAAGAUCAUCGAUGAGGGAAUUGAGAAGAGCUCGAUCACGGAUUCUAAAACCGAAACUGAAUCUCGGCUUGAUAUGCACAAGCUUGUGGCUAUGUUCAAGAAACUGAAUCCUUUGGCCAAGGAGUUUUUCCCUUCUUACUACGAUCCGAAGAAGAACAAUCAGGUAGCUAAGGCUAACCAAUUUCUGCCGGCUGACGAUUUUGAGACCACCAAGAAGCAAUCUGGUGAAGAAUUUGAUCUUGAUGCCAAGAAGGAUGACAAUACCCGCAAGAGAAGAAACUAUAGCCAAGGGAGAAGGAGGUUAACUGGAAGAAUUUCUAAGGCUCAAAGAGAGGAUAGUAUUAGAAGAACAGUUUAUGUUUCUGACAUUGACCAGAGUGUGACUGAGGAGGGUCUUGCUGGCUUGUUUAGUAACUGUGGACAAGUUGUUGACUGUAGAAUUUGUGGCGAUCCACAUUCGGUUCUUCGAUUUGCGUUUGUUGAGUUUGCUGAUGACCAGGGCGCACAUGAAGCUUUAAGCCUUGGUGGAACAAUGCUCGGGUUCUACCCGGUGAGGGUCUUACCCUCAAAAACUGCCAUCCUACCAGUGAAUCCCACAUUUCUUCCAAGGUCAGAAGAUGAAAGGGAGAUGUGCACAAGGACAAUCUAUUGCACCAACAUCGACAAGAAAGUUUCUCAAGCUGAUGUGAGAAACUUCUUUGAAUCUGCAUGUGGUGAGGUAACUCGUCUGAGGCUUCUUGGCGAUCAAUUGCAUUCAACUCGCAUAGCUUUUGUUGAAUUUGCUCUGGCAGAUAGUGCACUUAGCGCGCUCAAUUGCAGCGGAAUGGUCGUUGGAUCACAACCGAUAAGGGUAAGUCCAUCAAAGACACCAGUGAGGCCAAGAAUCACUCGACCACCAUCGACAAACUAGAAAGAGGCCCAACUAGCUCAGAAGAGAGAUUUCAUUUUCUUCAGCAAUUUUUUUCCCCCAUUAUCUCUACGUUUUAG